AUGAGCCAGAAGACGCAGGAGCGUCCACGUCAUGCAAGUCUGUCCUGUCUCGAGUUCAUAGAGGAGACUCGAAAGUUCUAUUUGCGUGGAACAAAGAAAACAGAAGCACAAGAUCACGGGUCUCAUGGCGACACAAGCGCCAUCCAAGAUGCAGAUUCUGGUACCAACAUUGUCGGGAAAAAUCCCAGCACCGAGGAGACUGGGUCACCGUCGCCGUCGAUAGGCGGUCACAACCAACCGACUCUAGAACCAAGGGGAGGGCUAGGUUGGGGCGGAAGAACACCUCUUAGUAAUGAAGAAGAAGUGUCUCACGCAUUGCGUGCUGUAGAUGACUGCAGCGACUGUGUUUCUUCGGAGGCUGUGGGCCAGACCGUGGCUACCGCAACGAGUGGGCUUCACCAGAGUCGAAAUCUCUGGAACACUGGGUCUUUGCUGAGGCUGGACACACCAGUGCGAAGCCUAGCCUAUUUGACUCACCGGGAUGGCUCUGGAGCGCAUCAAGGUUUGACUUCAUGGCCGUUUGACAGUCCUGAUGAAGCUAGGCUCAUGCGAUACUAUAUCACCGAUAUUUCUCGGAGAUUCGACCUCUGCGACCCCGAGAGACACUUUGCCUUGGUAGUCCCAUGGCGAGCUGCCUGCUGUCCACCACUACUCAACGCCGCUUUUGCACUGAGCGCGAGAUGUCUGAGCCGGACCACUUCUUAUGACGCCUUCAUCGCCAACCGAUACUAUCAGAGAUGUCUUAGCAACCUGAUCCCAAUGCUAGGUGACCAAGACGCCUUGAAUAACCAAGAUUUAUUUGCUGCAAUUAUUUUGUUGAGAAGCUUGGAAGAGAUCGAAGGUGAGUGCUUCUCUUGCGUGCUAACUUUGUUAUUGUCAGGUGCUAAUGGCUGA